GCUUUAAUGUAAGAAUUCUGUGAACUUCAGAGCAAGACAUUUAUAAUUUCAAUUCACCUUGGUGAAGAAUGCAGUGUUUAGCUCGCUUCUUCACCUCCCUUCCUCACUUAACUUUAAGCAUAGUGAGCCUGCUUACACUUCCAAUCCAAAACACACCAUUCAGUCCCUAGGUUUGCCCUAGCACUGUGCAAAAUUUGGGUUCUUCUGUCUGUUUUCCCAAACUUCAUCUCUGCCUUUGUUACAGAUUACGAACCUGCUGCUGUCUGCAAAUUAAGAAUGAAGAGUUCCAUCAGAGGACACCAGCCUUAAACACAUUCUGGUCCUAAGGAAUUACAAUGGAUCUAUUUGAGAAUGACCAUGUUGUUCUGUCUCUUAAUCUUUAUAUCUGGAUCUCAGAGCAGCUGCAAUUUAGAGGAGACUAGUGAAUAUCCUGCUCUGUUAUGAGAAGACAUUCAUCAACAUAAAACAGUCUGGAAGAAGAUUUCUCAAAGAAAAUCAAAGGGCAUAGAAUCCUUUAAUGAAACAGAAGACAUUUAGAAUUUCGUAAGCUUUUGGCUCUCCAGGUCUUUAAAAAAAAUGAACCGUUACACAAUCAUGAAACAACUAGGUGAUGGCACCUAUGGCAGCGUGUUGAUGGGGAAGAGCAACGAGUCAGGAGAACUUGUGGCUAUCAAAAGAAUGAAAAGAAAGUUCUAUUCAUGGGAUGAAUGUAUGAAUUUGAGAGAAGUCAAGUCUCUGAAGAAGCUAAAUCAUGCCAAUGUAAUAAAAUUGAAAGAAGUCAUACGAGAAAAUGACCACCUUUACUUUGUAUUUGAAUACAUGAAGGAAAAUCUCUAUCAGUUAAUGAAGGACAGAAACAAGUUGUUCCCUGAGUCAGUCAUCAGAAAUAUGAUGUAUCAGAUAUUACAAGGGCUAGCUUUUAUCCAUAAACACGGAUUUUUCCAUAGAGAUAUGAAGCCUGAAAACCUUCUCUGUAUUGGACCAGAACUUGUGAAAAUAGCAGAUUUUGGGUUGGCUCGAGAACUAAGAUCUCAGCCACCUUAUACAGAUUAUGUUUCUACCAGGUGGUACCGGGCUCCUGAAGUUUUGCUAAGGUCGUCUAUUUAUAGCUCACCUAUUGAUAUGUGGGCAGUUGGCAGCAUAAUGGCUGAAUUAUAUACACUAAGGCCUCUUUUUCCAGGCACAAGUGAAGUAGAUGAAAUCUUCAAAAUUUGCCAAGUAUUAGGGACUCCAAAGAAGAGUGAGUGGCCAGAAGGAUACCACCUUGCUUCUGCCAUGAAUUUCCGUUUCCCACAAUGUGUCCCUAUAAGCCUAAAAACUCUCAUCCCAAACGCAAGCAAUGAAGCAAUACAGCUUAUGAGUGAUAUGCUGAACUGGAAUCCAAAGAAGAGACCUACAGCAAGUCAGGCUUUGAAAUACCCUUACUUUCAAGUUGGCCAAGUUUUAGGACCUCCUCCACAGUACCUGGAGAAGCAGACUCCUGUUAAACCAGUUCAGCCAAUAGAGCCAAAGCCAGCUUUACCUAAACUGGAAGCUAUAGCCAAGCCAGAACCUCUAUCUUCACCUGAUGUACCUGACAAAACAGAGCCACAGUCCCUGUCAAAGGUUAACCACCAGCCUCUCCAGCAAAUUCAGUUGCCUCAGAAUACAGCUAACCAGCAAGUACCAAAACAGCAGCAGCCACAGGCACAACCAUUUUUUCCAGCUAUCAACAAAAACUCAUCACCAAAACAAGCAGCUACUGGCCCUCAGAAUGGUGCAGUAGGUCCUAAAAGCUGCAGAAGACGAUGGGGUCAGACUUUGGUAAAGGCUGUGGAUAGCUGGGAUGACUUGGAUGACACUGAAUUUGGAAUGUCAUGUUCAAAGAAGCCCAGCAUUGCACUAUUAAAAGAAAAGAAAAACAAGGAAUGUCUUUUCAGUGUGCCAGAACCAAAAGCUUCAUGCUGUAUCCAGCCAGGAGGGGAAAACAAGGUUCUGAUGAGAAAUGAUUCUGGAAGAUCAAAUACAUCAGCAAAACAGUACUAUCUAAGACAAUCAAGAUAUCUACCUGGUGUAAACCCUAAGAGUGUCUCUUUAGUAGCAGUCAGUAAGGAAGGAUCACAUGGAACCUGGAACAACCAGUUGUUCUCUAAACCGCUGGCACAUACUGGAGGAGGAGUGGCUUUCAACAGAAACACUACAGAUGAGAACUUAAUUAUACCUAUUGAAAAGCUCUCAUGCAAAGAAAGGUUGAAUGAAAAAUUAGAGGAUCCAAAAGGAAAUCCUGGCUUUGUAAGUGGUGCUGCUUACAACCCAUCAGGAGUAUACAUCCCUUCCUUUCAUAAAAAAGAAGUUGGAUCAGCUGGACAACGGAUACAGCUAGCCCCUCUUGGUGCACCUGUAUCAGAUUAUUCCUGGAAAACCAAAGCUGCUCGUGCUCAGCUGCCGGGUCCUACUUUCAAUUCAGCAGCAAAAAACAUGACUAUAUUAACUCGCCCACCAACAAUUCAGCCAGUACAUGGAAGAACAGACUGGGUGGCCAAAUAUGGAGGAAACAGAUAGAAAAUGCCAUCCUGGAUAGAUACGUGAGCUGUGGUCAGUUCUCCUGCACUGGAAACGUGAAAUGCCUAUUUGCUCUAUUUUUUUCUAAGACUAUGCAAUAGUAAAGAAAGAAAAAAGACCUUGUGUCCUGUGGAAGAAAAACAGAAUAUUUAUAGUAUACUGUGUAAAAUACUGGCUACAAAGUAGGAUUUGUCGAAGUAUCGUAUAACACAUAUUGCCAAAACUUCUGAGAAGUAGAUUUCACUCGACAUUUUUCUAGAGACGGGUCUCCUAUCAUUGUACUCCUAAAGCAACUGUUACAGUUGUUUGUCCAAUGCAGUGCCCACUGCUGACAUGUGCUUGCUUUCAUGUACACCAGCAGCUAGAAGUGGGGCUAAAGCAGAGCAGCACCAGGGUUUCAGGUAUUAGGCUGGUUCCUUACCAGAAGGAAGGGACUGAAAGCACACACUGAGCUUGGUGAAGAACACCACGCUCUCAUACAAAGAAUUCACAACUCACUUGUACCUAAAAGCUACUUAGGCUCUGUAAUAUGCAGAACUUAACUCUUUGUAGCAGAACAUAAGCAAUCCACUGAUAAAUACUACACAGGGAAGGUCUAAAAACUUGGGCCAUAUAUGGCUAUAGAAUGGUACAGCAAUAUUGGAAAAUAGCUAAACAAGUUACUGAAUGCUAGACUUACCUCACCAAGCUGUAGUGAGUCUUAAAAAUUAGAUUAUACUAGAUUAAUUUAUGAACAUUUUUAGUCAAUCUGCAGAGAUUUGUAUCUGUCCUGAUAAGGGAGUGUCACAGUGACAUUUUAAGGAGCCUGAAUCACCGCAGUCUGUCAGUUCUUUUAAGGGUGAAUUAGCCAAAAAGGCAUAAAUUAUCAGUAAACUCCUGUUUCUACAUAUCUUUGAUCAUGGUGAUCAAACUAAGUUACAGAAGUUGAAUAAGCUACACGAGGGAGGAUAUUGGGCUGUUCUUCAAAGAUGUUGCUUUCUGAUUUAGAUCGUAAAGGCCAAUUUAGGUACCUGAAAACACAAAGGAACUUUAAUAAUGCAAUACCUCACUCUAUAUAUGCUCUUUCAGUACUUUCCCUGGCUUCUAGGCUAAUUUUUGAAGUAAAAUCCCACAAAGGACCUUGCAACGUAGCAUAAAUUGUUUUUAGGAUGUUGAUCUAGGCUUUUGUUAACAUCUGCAUUUAGAAUACUUUAGACUUAGUAGUUACAUUAAACCUGCCAUUUUAAAGUACAGAACAAGUAUGUUCUUUAAAGAUGUAAAGCUGUUCAUGAUUCCUUUAAGCAUUGUAAAAAAGAAAUGUAUUUGUAUGGCUUUUAUAACUGCACAUAAAAAUUUAAAUUCCUGUUGUUGAACUAGACUGCCAUAAUAUAUGGGUUAUGUUAACUUACUGGAGGUCAGUUUAAUCUACAACAGUUUUAGCAAAAAAAGUAUUUUGUUAUUAAAAUUGCACCUAAAGAAAAUGCCACUUUAAUACCGGAAGAGAUACAAUGGGAUGGGAAUAUCUGGUUAGUAACGAACUACAGACUUUAAUUCAAUUACCAUUGGUCUAGGCUUAAGUAACUGUCAUUCCUUUAGUACUACCAGAUGGCCCUAUGCUGUUUAAAUGCAUCUUAAUUUAUCUGUAACUAGCUGUGGCAAUGAAGGACAACCUCAGACCUUCUGUAACAAGCAUAAAUGUUUGCCAAUUAAAAAACAAGAUAAAUUAAUCACUCAGCUGCAGUACAAGACACCACUGACUUAGUUAAAAUCACAGUCUAGUCAAGGAAUUAACUAGGAAUGUGUCCCAUAAGUCACCUAAAGCAGAAAAAUAAAUAGGUGCUAUUUAUGGCACUAAAUAUGGCUAGAAGAAACAUGCUGACCUUACCAUACACUAAUGAACAUUGAAACUGCUUUGACAUAACCAUAACAACCUUACUUGUCCAUAACCAAAGCAUGACAAGUGUUAAGAAAUUCUUCCUGCAAAUCAAGGAAAAAAAAAAAAAACCACUCCUAAGAGGCUAACAGGCUUUGUGCAGGCAUUUUGACUCAGCUGCCCUGA